AAUAUCUCCAUGAGUCACUGCUCUCUCAGGUGUGUUGCACACGCUCGCGCGAACGUGACUCAGCCAAUCAGCUCGAGGACUCUCUGUUCUCAAUUCACAACUUUCAAAACAAUUGCGCGUGGAGAGAGAGCAAUUACAUCACAAGCAGCAGUCAUAAAGAACCAGUCCUUCAGCGAGAGCACAGACCGUGAGAGCCGGACCAUGGACAAACUUUCCCCCAAACCCGCGAGGAGGAGGCUGAGCUGCAGCAUUAAGGUGUUUGUCCUCUGCCAUGGCCUCCUGCAGUUGUCCCAGCUGCUGUACAGCGCCUGCUUCAAGAGCACCAUCAGCACCAUCGAGAGGCGCUAUGGCCUCAGCAGCUACUCCUCAGGAACCAUUUCCUCUCUGCACGAGGUCAGUAACAGUGUGCUCAUCGUGUUCGUGAGCUACUUUGGAAAUCGGGUCCACCGUCCUCGCUUGAUUGGAAUCGGAGGACUUCUGAUGGCUGUCAGCGCCAUGAUGCUGACCUUACCUCACUUCGUAUCCCAGCCCUACGAAUACGACUCUGUUCUACAUAAUCGCAAUGACAUUUGUAACCUGCAGAGGAACUCUAGUGAAGAGUCCUGUGGCCGCAAUGAGACCCGGCGCCUGGCCGACACCAACAACCUGUGGCUGCUGAUGGCCAGCGCCCAGCUGCUGUUUGGAGUGGGCUCCGUGCCCAUCCAGCCCUUUGGGAUCUCCUACAUUGAUGACUUCGCCGGGCCCGGCAAUUCCCCUCUCUACAUAGCCAUCCUGUUCGCAGUGUCUGUGUUUGGGCCCGCCAUCGGGUACCUGCUGGGGUCUGUCAUGCUGCGGAUCUAUGUGGACGUGGACAGGACUGGCUUUGGAACAGAACAGGAGCUGAGGCCGACGGACCCCCGCUGGGUGGGGGCCUGGUGGUUGGGCCUGCUUAUCACCGCCGGCUUCCUGUUCAUCACCUCCAUCCCCUACUUUUUCUUCCCUCGGAGAAUGCCUUCAGAAACUAAAAUGAUUAGAAGUGAGACUGACCUGAAUGAUGACUUCAAGAAGCCAGAUGUCUCUUUACUUGAUUUCCUGAAAAUGUUUCCCAGGAUGUUUGUCCACCUGCUGUUGAGCCCUCUCUUCCUGAUGCUGGUCCUGGCUCAGUGCUGCUUCUCCUCAGUGAUCGCAGGGCUCGCUACGUUCCUCAACAAGUUUCUGGAGCGGCAGUAUAGCGCCUCCCUCGCCUACAGCAGCCUGCUCGUAGGUGCUGUGAAUCUGCCCGCUGUAGCAGUGGGGAUGCUAAUGGGCGGGGUCAUCAUGAAGAGGGCGGGUCUCUCUUUGAAGACCAUCCCUCGCUUCUCUGUGGCCAUGCUGACCACAUCCACCCUCCUCUGUCUGCCGCUCUUCUACAUGGGCUGUUCAACACAGAAAGUGUCAAAAGUCAACGAUAACCAGACCGUACCAAACGGGUCUAUGUGCUACUCCAACUGCUCCUGCCCUCCCAGUGCCUUCAACCCUGUGUGUGGCUCUGACGGUAUCGAGUAUAUCUCUCCUUGCCAUGCCGGCUGCACCAACUUCACCAAAGACCCAAACAACACCCACAGGGUUCAGCUGUAUACCAGCUGCAGGUGUAUAUCUGGGGCCAAGAGCGCCCGCCCUGCUCCCUGUCCCAACAACUGCUCACAUUUCCUGCUCCCUGUCAUUCUGGUCAUCUCUCUGGCAUCGCUGAUCGCCUGCCUCACUCACAACCCUAUGUACAUGAUGGUGCUCAGAUGUGUUUCCUCUGAAGAGAAGUCAUUUGCUAUAGGAAUUCAAUUUUUACUCAUGAGAGUAUUAGCCUGGCUCCCCGCCCCUGCUCUCUUCGGGACUGCCAUCGACACGUCAUGUAUCUGGUGGAAGGUUGUGUGUGGAAAGAGGUUUAGCUGUGGUUACUAUGACAACGACAUCUUGAGGAACCGGUAUUUGGGCUUACAGGUGGGGUAUAAGGUCAUGGGGAUCUUCCUGCUGAUGAUGCUGGGCUGGAAGGCGAAGAGGACUCAGGAGUACAGUCUGGAGAAGAGGCCUGAUGGACUGCUCUGACCCUGUGAGAGUCCCCUGCGUCCCAGCCUCUGUUUCUAACAGCUCUGCAGCAGAUGAAGAUGUGCAGAGCAGAGCUGUGUCAGUAGAGGCACAGCAAACACAGACCUACACUGACCUCCACUCCUGUAGCCCCUACCUGCUGCUCCACUGGGUGGAGUUGGUGUCAGAUUUUUCCAAAAGGAAAAACGAAUAACGUUUUCAGAUGCUUUAAUUCUGAAGUUUUCAAAUGUUUUUCAGCCUGACUAGUAUCACGAAAGAGAAUAUAAAGGGACCCCGUCAUGUACGUAUUUCUAGAAAAAUUUGACGUAGCCUUUUUAAAAAAGUUUUAGUUGUUAGAAAGAAAAUAUACAAGAAAGACAUGAGACAUAUAUUAUGAAUAUAUGCAGCAUGUACAACAAUGCAUUGACCAAUUCAAUAAGCUGCAAGUGACGUUGUAGCUAAACAAAUGAUCAGAAGAGAAAAGGGAACAUUUGAAGUGCAGUUCAGGAUAUAACAGUAUAAAAUAUUUAGCUAGAACAUAAUCAUUUAAAUGAAUUAAUCUAAAACCUUUACCAUAGUGCCACAGAUCGCUUUGGGUAUCACUGCUUUAAAGUUCAUGAUCAGAAAUACUCUGACCCACUUAUUACCAGUUCAGAGAGGUCAGCUGCUCAGCUGUGGUACAUCAGUAUAUUGUACAUGCAUCUAAGACUGCGCAGAGAGUUAACCACAGAUAGAUAACUGUAUGUAUUAUUUGUUCCUUUUAAGGUAGAAUCUAUUCAAGUUUCUAUUUCCAAUGGGAACAUAUUGUGUAACUAAUCAACGAUAUUAGCUUAAUAUUUAAGUUUAUUUUUUAUAGGUGUUUGUCUCAUACACUGAGACAUGUGUACUGCAAUACUCAUUUUAUAUUUGAUCAUUUAUAACACUUGAUUUUAAUUGCAAUGCCAAAGAAUUUUCCGAUAUCAUGACAUACAGUGUUACUCGUAAAUGAAAAAAAUACCACACACAUAACGCUCUUUACUUCAGUGGUUUACUGCAUGUCCGUUGGGUUUGGAUUUGUAAUUCAUAUCAAAUUUCCACCACUAAAGUGCAAUGUCUACUAA